GUUACCCUUUUGGUGCGAUUCUCAUCAUCAAUCACAAAAUGUCGUCCUCGAAAAGUAACGUUGCUACAUUUUGCUCUUGAUUGACGCCGAAGCGGCGCUUUACAAAUGGCUCACAGACCCCAAAGCGUCGACGCUCGCUUUUAUUUUGAAGUCCAGCCGGAAGCGGUGAGCAGGUCACGUCCACGGCGGCGUUCCGGAGAACGAGGACGAACCGAACCGAGCUGAAGGCCACAGCCGAAUCCAAAGAGGCAGCAUGAACGAGACGGCGGGCCUGCGCCUGCGGAGGCAACGCCAACGUGACGUCAUCACCGACAGACUCGCCGAGCACGUGCACAAGGGCAAAGGGACGUACAGCGGACGCGUGUUCCGGGCCAGUCUGCUGUCUGUGGGCGCCUUCCUGCUCUUGCCUCUGCUCGUUGUCCUGCUCGUCCUCGAGUCGCCGAUCCAGCCCGACGUCCUCGUUCUGAAGGAGCCGCCGCCCAUGUCGGGCUGCUGGGAAGCCAACGGCAAGCUGCGCCUCGCCCGCAGGCUGUACGAGGACGCCCUCGCCGGACCCGAGUCGGUCGCCAACAUCGGAGAUGUCUUUUAUAGCGGAACGGCAGACGGGAGGAUAGUCAAGCUGAUUGGUCGAAGGAUUCACACGGUGGCCCGACUGGGAAAACCUCCCUGCGGGUCUGCGGAGGACGAGGUGACCUGCGGGAGGCCCCUGGGAAUACGAGCGGGAUCCAACGGGACUUUAUUUGUGGCAGACGCCUACUUGGGCGUCUUCGAAGUCAACCCCACCACAGGCGAGUCGACGCGGCUGGUGUCCGGCGGUCAGGAGGCGGGCGGCAGGAAGGUGCUGUUCAUCAACGACCUGGCGGUGACGCGGGAUGGCAAGAAGUUGUACUUCACCUCCUCCAGCAGCAGGUGGCAGCGCAAAGAUUACCUCCACCUCAUCAUGGAGGCCACGGCUGACGGACGCGUGUUGGAGUACGACACGGAGACCGGCGAGCUGAGCGUGGUCAUGGACAACCUGCGAUUCCCCAACGGCAUCCAGUUGCUUCCCGACGAGGAGUCCGUCCUGGUGGCUGAGACCACCAUGGCCCGAAUACGCAGGGUCCACGUGGCGGGUUUAAACAAGGGCGGCAUGGACACGUUCAUGGACAACCUUCCCGGUUUCCCCGACAACAUCCGGCCCAGCUCGAGCGGCGGCUACUGGGUGGCCAUGUCCGCCGUACGUCCCAACCCGGGAUUCUCUAUGUUGGACUUCCUGUCGCAGAGACCCUGGAUCAAGAAGUUCCUCUUCAAGCUCCUGAGCCAGGACACGAUGGUGAAGUUGGUUCCUCGUUACAGCCUGGUCGCCGAGCUCCACGACGGCGGCGUCUGCUCGCGGAGCUUCCACGACCCCGACGGGUUGGUGGCGGCGUACGUGAGUGAGGCGCACGAACACGACGGAAGUCUGUACCUGGGAUCCUUCCGCUCGCCCUACCUCGCCAGACUGGACCUGAGCCUGGUGUGAUCACGAGAGCCACGGACUCGGCGGUCUUCAUUUCGUAACUUUCCGCUUUGACUACUACGACUACUACUUGUCACAUAAAUUCAUAGUUUGCGAUUCAACUAAAAUGUGCGGUUUAAAAAGAAAAAAGAACCCCAAAACUGUCGAGUAUAUUUGAAACGAUGUCCAAAUCAGAAAGUGCUCAACAAAAGGUACCUUUAGUACCUCCAAUUGAAGCCAGAAGCACAGAAGCGCAAGAUUUGUGUUUGAUCAAAUCCGACUCGACUCAAGCGCCUCACUCCUGUUUCAGCUCAGUCAGGAUUUCCCACAGUUCUUUACCUUUGAAGAAGAAUUUCCCAUUUUCUUGGAGGUCAAAAGCUGACAUCCGGUUUUCCUUAGUGAGCAGUAGCGUUUCCUUUGAUCUACGUGGCUGGGGCCAAACGUUUGGGGUCACCUUCCACAAGCUCUGCUGGAAUACCGGCCCGGUCAGCUUUGCGGGUCGCCUUGCUCGCACGCGCCUUUACAGAUCUGGGUGAAGGCACCAAAUUUUCACGGGCUUCUGAUCAGGGUCACUCCAAGACGUGGACUUUUUGAAGGAUUUGAACUGUACGCUUGGGGUCCCAUUUGCGCCCAAGUUUUAGCUUCCUGGCUGAUGUUGCCUUCAUAGCUCCGUCUCCUGUUCUCUCGUCAUAGUGGCGUCUAUUUUAUGAAGAGCACCGUCCGGUUCCUGCUUUGGCAAAACGGACCCACGACAUGAUGCUGCCACUUGCACGCUUCGCAGUUGGGCCGGUGUUCUCGGGUCCAUCAGCUUGUUGACGUAAUGUUGGACUUGAUAGCCCCAAAGCUUUCGAAACCUUUCAACUUUAGAUUUAUCAGACCACAGCACAUGUCUCCAGAAGUUGAGAUCUUUUUGCAAAUCUGUAACCCGUCUCAAUGUUUCUUUUGGAGUAACAUUUACAUUGUCAGCGAGUGGACUUUUCAGCCCAUGUCGGUGCAGCUUCACAAGGUCUUCAGCUUUUGUUCUGGGGUUGGUUCUCAUAUCUUGGAGCAAAACACGUUCAUCUCGAGGACACUGAGCUCGUGGCAUUCCUGGACGAUUGCCACAAUGUUGAUACUUGCGUGUAAAUGUUUAAACGGAUGAAUGCGUCAGGAAAUCGCACCCAAAGAUGAGCCAGCGUUGUGGAGCUCGAUUUUUUUUUCUUCUUCUUCUUUCUUUUUUUCUCAGAUUUCCUGGCCGAUUUUAUUUUCCCGCGUAGCCUGUAAUGCAUCCACGGGCUUGGCGUCAAUGAAUUUGCAUGUUGUCAGUCAACCUAUCGGGAGCUUCCUGAUCAUCUGGGCUUCCCCCGUGUCCUUUACAGAUGUUCUGUCGUACUUUUUGCGUAUGUAAACUUUUUGAUCCGGUAGAAAAUAAUACAUAAUUCUGUAAGAAAUUCUCCAUCUCGUUGUUGUGGCAUUUAAGACAAUAAUUUUGGUGAUCCUGCCUGACCUGAAACAGGACAGGCCGAGUCUGAUUUUGACUUCAGAGCGUGAGACAGAGAAAAAAAACCACAAAAUCACAGCGUAUGUAAAAAUCUGUCUUGAACUCUAGAACCACUUUUUGUAAAUGAAAACCAAGAUUGAGAUUGGAUUUGUUUUCAAGAAGAAAAUCAGACUGUU